AAUUAAAGGGCGCUCGCUGUCGGGGUUUUUUGUUAAAUGUGCCGGCGGAUUAACGCAGAGUUCAGCGAUAAACUCCACAGGUAGCAGCGCCGGUUGUGCUCUCGGACCGCACAGCCACGAAAUGAGGUUUCCGAUUGCGUGAAAAGUACUAUUAGGACCGAAAAUGAACUUUCCUCAGGCGAUUUUGGGGCCACUUCGAGGGUUUGGAGGCUUUCUGGGGGGAAAAAUGUAGGGAAACCUGAGAGAGAGAAGAGAAAGGAAAAAAACGAAGAGAAAGCGGAGGAAAUAAUUUCACAGAAAGGGGACAGAAGGAUGAGGGGAUAAAAACGGGGAAAUUGGGAAAAUCCUGAGGCAAAAACGCGGGAAAAGGCGCUCUGGAGGUGGGGCCUACCUGCACGGCGUUGCCCUUUUAAGAAGGGGCGGGGCCUCCAGCCCCGCCCCCAGCCGGGCUGGCCCCGCCCCACCGGGCCCGGGCGCGGCCGCAGCCCCGGAGCCGCCGGAACCCCCCGAGAACUCCCGAGAAGCCCUCGGGAAUCUCCGGAACCCCUCGGGAAUCUCCGGAACCCCCGGGCCGAGGGGAUGCGGCACCGCGGGGCCGGCUGAGGCUGUCGCGGGCAUGGCGGGCGCCUCGGUGAAGGUGGCCGUGCGGGUGCGGCCCUUCAGCGCCAGGGAGAGCAGCCGCCAGGCCAAGUGCGUCAUCCAGAUGCGGGGCAACACCACCUGCAUCACCAACCCCAAGCUGCCCAAGGACGGCGCCAAGCACUUCACCUUCGACCACUCCUACUGGUCCCACACCUCGGAGGAGGACCCCAACUUCGCCUCGCAGCGCCGCGUGUACCAGGACAUCGGCGAGGAGAUGCUGCAGCACGCCUUCGAGGGCUACAACGUCUGCAUCCUGGCCUACGGGCAGACCGGCGCCGGCAAGUCCUACACCAUGAUGGGGCGGCAGGAGCCGGGCCAGCGCGGCAUCAUCCCGCAGCUCUGCGAGGAUCUGUUCGCCCGCAUCGCCCGGGAGGGGUCAGCUGAGCUUUCCUUCUCUGUGGAGGUGAGCUACCUGGAGAUCUACUGCGAGCGGGUGCGGGACCUGCUGAACCCCAAGAGCCGGGGGGGGCUGCGGGUGCGGGAGCACCCCCUGCUCGGGCCCUACGUGCAGGACCUGUCGCGCCUGGCCGUCGCCUCCUUCGCCGACAUCGCCGACCUCGUGGACAGCGGCAACAAGGCCAGGACGGUGGCGGCCACCAACAUGAACGAGACGAGCAGCCGCUCGCACGCCGUGUUCACCAUCGUGUUCAGCCAGCGCCGGCAGGACCCGCUCAGCGACCUCAGCUCCGAGAAGGUCAGCCGCAUCAGCCUGGUGGACCUGGCGGGCAGCGAACGCGCCGACGCCUCGGGGGCCAGGGGCGUGCGCCUCAAGGAAGGCGCCAACAUCAACAAGUCCCUGACCACGCUGGGCAAGGUGAUCUCCGCCCUGGCCGAGGCGACCAGCAAGAAGAAGAAGCCGGAUUUCAUCCCGUACCGGGACUCGGUGCUGACGUGGCUGCUGAAGGAGAACCUGGGAGGGAACUCACGCACGGCCAUGAUCGCCGCGCUCAGCCCGGCCGACAGCAGCUACGAGGAGACGCUGAGCACGCUGCGCUACGCCGACCGCACGAAGCAGAUCCGCUGCCACGCGGUGAUCAACGAGGACCCGAACGCGCGGCUGAUCCGCGAGCUGCGCCAGGAGGUGACGCGGCUGCGGGAGCUGCUCAGCGCCCAGGGUGUCCCCGAGACCACCCUGUCCGGCCCCCCCGCCACCUCGCCCCCCACCCUCAACGGGGAGCCGGGGCUGGAGCCCCCUCUGGGCCCCACCGAGGCCAUGGAGCGGCUGCAGGAGACGGAGAAAAUCAUCGCGGAGCUCAACGAGACGUGGGAGGAGAAGCUGAGGCGCACGGAGGCGCUGAGGCUGGAGCGGCACCAAUGCUGCCAUUGGAGCAGGUCAGCACGGCCCCCCCCAGGACGCGUGCUGCUCUCGUUGUCCCCUCCCGAAGUCGUGGUGACGCUGGAGCCGUGCCAGGGGGCUGAGACCUACGUCAACGGGAAGCAGGUGACGGAGCCGGUGGUGCUCAAGUCGGGCCACCGGCUCAUUUUGGGCAAGAACCACGUGUUCCGCUUCACGCACCCGGAGCAGGCGCGGCGGGAGCGCGAGCGGGGGGCGUCCCCCGGGCCCCCCCCGGACUGGAACCUGGCGCAGCGGGAGCUGCUGGAGCAGCAGGGCAUCGACAUGCGCCUGCAGAGGCUCCAGGAGCUGGAGAACCAACCCCAGGUGGAGAAGGAAGGGUCAGAGCAGCCGCAGGGCUCCACGCCGGGCACCCCGCACUCCCCCGACACGUGCCCCCCGCAGCCCCCCGGCGCCGAGGAGCCGCGGUGCUACGAGGCCGGCUGGCGGCUGAUCUCGUCGCUGCGCCAGGCGCUGCCGGCGCCCGCCGUGCGCUCGGUGCUGCGCCGGGCCGGGCUGGCGCUGCCGGGCAAGCGCCGGGAGCCGCUGCGCGUCUACCAGAUCCCGCAGCGCCGCCGCGGCUCCCCUCCGCCAUCACCAUCACCACCAUCAUCAUCAUCCUCGUGGGUGACCACCGUGCGCUCGGUGCUGCGCCGGGCCGGGCUGGCGCUGCCGGGCAAGCGCCGGGAGCCGCUGCGCGUCUACCAGAUCCCGCAGCGCCGCCGCGGCUCCCCUCCGCCAUCACCACCACCGCCACCAUCAUCAUCAUCCUCGUGGGUGACCAUGGCCGACCUGAAGGCGCAGGCCGUGCGGGAGCUGAGCCUGGAGCUGGCGCUGCGGGAGCGGCGGCCGGCGCGGCGCGAGCUGGAGGCGCUGAGCCUGGCGCGGCUGCGGGAGCUGUGCCGCCGGCACGGCAAGCGCCAGCCCGGCGAGCGCGACGGCUGGAGAGCCGUGGCCGGAGACGUGUGGGACGCCGUGGGAGGCGGCGAGGAGGACGAGGCCGGAGGAGGAGGAGGAGGAGGAGGAGGAAGCGCGGCGGAGCGGGCCAGCGAGGUGGAGGGGCUGCGGCUGCACCUGGAGCGGCUGGCGGGGAUCCUGCGCGAGGUGAAGCGGCAGAACAGCGCCAAGGACGAGCAGAUCCGCGCCCUGCGCGACCGCGUGGGGCAGAUGGAGCGCGUCGUCCCGCUGCCGCCGGUGAGCGCGGCCCGGGGUGGCUGGGGGGCACCGGGGGCCGGGGGGCACCGAGGGCACAGAGAGCCCCGGAGAGCCCAGAGAACCCCAGGGAACCCCAGAGAACCCCAGAGAACCCCAGAGAGUUCCAAAGAACCCCAGAGAACAGGGUCUGCCUGCCCCAGAGAGAGCCAGAGAGCCCCAAAGAACCCCAGGGAGCCCCAAAGAGCCCCUGAGAACCCCAAAGAACCCCAAAGAGCCCCAGAGAACCCCAGAGAACCCCAAAGAGCGGGGUCUGCCUGCCCCAGAGAGAGCCAGAGAGAACCAGAGGGCCCAGAGAACCCCAAAGAACCCCAAAGAGCAGGGUCUGCCUGCCCCAGAGAGAGCCAGAGAGAACCAGAGGGCCCAGAGAACCCCAAAGAACCCCAAAGAGCAGGGUCUGCCUGCCCCAGAGAGCCAGAGAGCCCCAGAGAGCCCCGGAGAGCCCAGAGAGCCCAAAGAACCCCAAAGAACCCCAGGGAACCCCGAAGAGCCCAAAGAACCCCAAAAAGCGGGGUCUGCCUUCCCCAGAGAACCCCAGAGAGCCCCAAAGAACAGGGUCUGCAUGGCCCCAGAGAGCCCCACCCUGGGCUCUCCCUGCCCGCAGCCCCCCAGAGAGCCCCACCCUGGGCUCUCCCUGCCCGC